AUGUUGACGCGACUUUUCAGCGAGCCCAGCCUGGUCCCCGAAGUCCCGAAAUUCCCCGGUUGGGCCGAGGAGUGCGAGGAGGAUGCCCGGAGCGAGAAGGAGGAGCGGGCGGGGAAGGGUUGCGCCCUCCCCGAGGAGCCGCCCGAGGGUUCGCUGGGAGAGAGCAAGGAGGAAGGGGAGCUAGGAGGGGACGAGGAGGAGGAGGAGGAGGAGGAGGAAGGCCUGGAGGAGGCGGAGGGCGAACGGCCCAAGAAGCGCGGCCCCAAGAAGAGGAAGAUGACGAAGGCGCGGCUGGAGCGGUCCAAGCUGCGGCGGCAAAAGGCGAACGCCCGGGAGAGGAACCGGAUGCACGACCUGAACGCGGCCCUGGACAACCUGCGCAAGGUGGUUCCCUGCUACUCCAAAACCCAAAAACUCUCCAAAAUCGAGACCCUCCGCUUGGCCAAGAACUACAUCUGGGCUCUCUCCGAGAUCCUGCGCUCGGGCAAGCGGCCCGACCUGGUCUCCUACGUGCAGACUCUGUGCAAGGGGCUGUCCCAGCCCACCACCAACCUGGUGGCCGGCUGCCUCCAGCUCAACUCCCGCAACUUCCUGACGGAGCAGGGGCAGGAGGGGGGUCGGUUCCACGGCCCCAACGCCGCCUCCUUCGCCGUGCACCCCUACCCCUACCCUUGCUCGCGGCUGGCCGCGGCGCCCUGCCCGCCCGCCGCCGGCCCCGGGCCGCACGGGCUGAGGACACACGGCUACUGCGCCUCCGCCUACGAGAGCCUCUACGGCAACACCUCCCCCGACUACAACAGCUCGGAGUACGACGGGGGGCUCAGUCCCCCGCUCUGCAUCAACGGCAACUUCUCCCUCAAGCAGGACUCUUCAUCCCCCGACCACGAGAAAAGCUACCACUACUCUAUGCACUACUCGGCGCUGCCCGGCUCCCGCCCCGCCGCCCAUAACCUGGUCUUCGGGUCGGCGGGGAUGCGCGGGGGGGUCCACUCCGAGAACAUCUUCCCCUACGACAUGCACCUCCCGCACGAGCGGGGCCCCAUGUACGAGGAGCUCAACGCCUUCUUCCACAACUGA